UGAGGCGUCGCUCGUCACUGCCUUAGUUUCUACUCGCGCGUCCUGACAGCAAAGCCGGGAAUCGAAACCCCUUGGUCCGUGCGGAUGGAGCCUGCGCCGGUCGGCUCUCCCGGGCCCCAGCGAGAUCCCGCAAUGCCCCACACGCCCACCAAGCCUGCCCGGGAGUCUCCCUCUGAAGGCCAUCAGUCCAGCCCCAGCCGCAGUCCCACAGAGCCAGCUACUGAGGAUGAGUUCCAGUUCCUGUACUGCCAGGGCUGCCAGACAGAAGCCAAGUGCCCCAAGCUGCUGCCUUGUCUGCACACGCUGUGCUCAAGGUGCCUGGAGGCACAGGGUGAGCAGUGUCCCAUCUGCCAAGCCCCCAGGCCACCAGGUGCUGACACCCGGGUUUUGGAUAACGUCUUCUUCGAGUGUCUGCAGAGGCGCCUGUCUAUAUACCGGCAGAUCGUGGGUAAGGAGACCUUUUGCACUCGCUGCAAAGAGCCGGCUGACUUCUGGUGCUUCGAGUGCGAGCAACUUCUAUGUGCAAAGUGUUUUGACGCGCACCAGUGGUACCUCAAGCAUGAGAUCCGGCCACUGGCCGAGCUCCGCAGCCAGUCGGUGCACGAGUUUCUGGAGGGCUUGCGCAAGACCAACAAUAUCUUCUGCUCUAAUACCAACCACCGCAAACCUACGCUGACUAGCAUCUACUGCCGAGGCUGCUCCAAGCCGCUCUGCUGUUCGUGCGCACUCUUGGACGACGGUCACAGCAAGCUCAAGUGCGACAUCAGCCUGGAGAUCCGGCAGAGACAGGAGGAGUUGGACGCCAUGACGCAGGCGCUGCAGGAGCAGGACGCAGCCUUUGGAGCUGCGCAGGCAAAGAUGCGCUCAGCGGUCAGCCAACUGGGGCGCUUGCGCAGAGACACCGAGGAGCUGAUCCGCUCACGCAUGGGCCAGGUGGUGGAGCACGUGCUGGCGCAGGAGCACAAGCUGCUGAAGGUGGUCAAUGAGCGCUACCAGUGCAACUAUGAACAGUUGUCUGGCCAGCUGCGCCGCCUGGAUGUAGUGCUGCAGCGCAUCCGCACAGGCAGUGCGCUUGUGCAGAAGAUGAAGAGCUACGCCUCGGACCAGGAGGUGCUGGACAUGCACAGCUUCCUGCUUGAGGCCCUCACCUCCCUGCGGCAGGAGCAGCCACAGGACCUGCAAGCUGCCGUGCACACCGAUACCUUCGAGGAGCUGAAGGUGCACCUGCAAGACCUUGUUUCUUACAUCAUCCAAAGGACAGAUGCAGCUCUUCCGAAGCCAACCAGCCCAGAGACUGCCAGCAUCGCCAAGGACAUUGAUGACAUUGACAUGCCAGAGGAGAUACAGAGGGUUCUGGUGCAGCCCCCAGGACUGGCUGAGGCCCAGCCUGUGGUACAGUCGGUGCCCGGGGCACACCCUGUCCCACUGUUCGCCUACUCCAUCAAAGACGCCUCCUUUGGAGAGGAGGUCUCUACACCACAGAAGAGGAAGUCCUGCCUGACCGAGUGCCCCAGCAGCAAGGUCAUCAAGAUGGAGUCUGAGGAAGAGAGAGAGGCAAGACUAACCCGGAGUUCCCCUGAGCAGCCCAAGCCAAGCACCUCCAAGGCAAUCUCACCACCCCACCUGGAAGGGCCUCCCCGACCCAAUAGCCUUGUCGUGGGAAGUGAGGUCCUCCUGCCCAACAGCAACCAUGUGACCAGCGAAGCCAGGGAGACAGAGGAGCACAUCGUGGUGAUCAGCAGCUCAGAAGACUCAGAUGCUGAAAACUCGCCCUCUCAAGAACUGAAUGACAGCAGCAGCGAGUCCAGUGACCUCCAGUUGGAGGGCCCCAGCUCCCUCAGGGCCCUGGAUGAGAGCCUGGCUGACCCCCAGGCAGAAGACAGGCCCCUGGUUUUCUUUGACCUCAAGAUUGACAAUGAAACCCAGAAGAUUAGCCAGCUGGCGGCUGUGAACCGAGAGAGCAAGUUCCGCGUGCUCAUCCAGCCCGAAGCCUUCAGCGUCUACUCCAAGGCCAUCUCUCUGGAGGUGGGGCUGCAGCACUUCCUCAGCUUCCUGGGCACCAUGCGCCGCCCCAUCUUGGUCUGCUAUAAGUUGUGGGGGCCCGGCCUCCCCAACUUCUUCCGCGCCCUGGAGGACAUAAACAGGCUAUGGGAGUUCCAGGAAGCCAUCUCGGGCUUCCUGGCUGCCCUGCCUCUCAUCCGGGAGCGGGUGCCUGGGGCCAGCAGCUUCAAACUCAAGUGCCUCGCCAGAACCUACCUAGCGAGAAACAUGAGUGAACGCAGCGCCCUGGCCGCGGUGCUGACCAUGCGGGACCUGUGUCGCCUGCUCGAGGUGUCCCCGGGCCCCCAGCUGGCACAGCAUGUCUACUCCUUCAGCAACUUGCAGUGCUUUGCAUCCCUGCAGCCCUUGGUGCGAGAAGCUGCCCUGCCCCUGGCUGAGGCCCGCCUCCUGGCCCUUCACAAUGUGAGCUUCCUGGAGCUGCUGAGGGCACACCGCAGGGACCCUCAGGGUGGCCUGAAGAAAUUCAGCCACUUCCUGAGUCUACAGAUCACCUCCGCACCCGCCCCGCAGCCCGCCUUCAACCUGAGGGCCCUGAGUGCCUACUUUGAAGGCUUGUUGGAAAGUCCAGCCUCCGUCCAGGCAGGAGGCCUCUCCGGCCCUGUUGCUGGCCACAGCUUGUCAGAAAGGACCCCCCAGCAGAGCUGAGAGGAAGGGAUGCUGGAUGGGAAUCUCUGGGGCCACAGAAGGAUGGGGUCCCUGAGCCAGGCCCCACCUAGUGCUGCAUUCCCAGGACCUGGCCCAAGUCCUUGGUUGUCAUUUGGUCCAGAAUCAGUUUUCAUUCUCUGGGACCAAUUACCCUUCUCUGAUACCAUCCCCGCCCCACAAAGGCCGAUCAGUCACCCUCUUAGGGGUCACCUGAACCCACAUGGCUCAGGAGUGUCAGGGAGUUAGCUCACCAGAUCCUGCCCCCUUCCCCCGCCAGGAGCCAGACUAGUGGGGGAAGAAGACAUGGCCUCUGGACUCCCUCAGUGGCCUCAUCUUGCCCAGCCACCUGACUCGCCCCUCCGAGGUGUCCUUGCAGCUCGUCCCUGACCCCUGGCUACUGCCUGCAGGAGACCACCCGACCGCGCUCAUGGACACAACACUAGCUGCCCACGGGUUCCCGAAGUGCCUUUCAAACCAAACUGCCCCUUUUGAGUUUGGGCUCUCCCUGUCUCUGCCUGUGCAGAAGCCAGCUCUCUUCACUUCCCUCUGGGACAUUUUCUUGUCCUAAGGAUCUCACAUGAGCAGGGACAGAGGCUGGGGCUCCAUGCCUGUCCCCGCUUCCGAAGUCACACUCUUCCGCUAUUGCUUCCUUCCUCCCGGCCACAGAAAUACCUUCCCCUCACCUGAGGCUUUGUCCUGGUCCUCAGGCCACACUUGUCUCAGCAUGCCCUCUGCCCUCUGUGCCCACAGCCCCUCCCCAGGAGUGCCCUCUAGCCCAGUGCUGUUCAGUGUGUAGUAUGGCAUGGGAACCCCGAGUGCCUCUACCCCAGACCUGGCUUGGGGUCAGCGAGUUGUUGUGGUAGGUGAUGCUGAGGCCCCUAAGUUUGGGGGCUGUGACCCCGGCAGCCUGCCCUUCGGGGAGGAGCAGCAGUGUGGAUCCUGGUCCUGAUGCUGCAUACGUGUGCAGUGCGUGUGGCUUAGGAAGAGGCCACUUCCGAACCCCUGCAUCCCUCUCUGUAAAGUGGGCCGACCAGUCAGGUGGCUGCAGGCCUCGGUUUUGCUCUGCCAUUCGUAGUCUUAGAGGUGGGCAGCUGGGCUCGAAGGUCAUGGACAAGACAUCCGUCAUUCUUGAAACCUGGCUCCCAGUCAUUGGUCCCCAACCUCGUCACACCAGGGGUUGGCCACAAACCACAGGCAUGUCAGGGCCAUCUUGUCGGGUUAGCAGCACUGUUACCCUUUUCCUUCCCUCCCUCCCCCUUCAUGGGCUUCCUGUUGCCCCCCCACACCUCUAUAGCAUUGGAUUUCAUGUGGAAGUCACCCCAUCAGUGGGAUCUCUGAAGAUAGGAAUACAGGAACUUUUACUGUGUGGGGAGGACUAGCUCAGACAGUAAAUUCCAAUGGACUUCAUAUAGGACUUGUGGUUUAAAGCAGGUGAUGGCUCUGGAACUAUCUGUGGAAACAGGUUGAGGGGUGCAGGAAAGGGGGCCUGGCUGUGUUGGCAGCUAUAAGGCCAUGCUUAUGCCCCUUCAUCCUGCCUCCUGGGGCUGAGCAACACCCACGGAUUCCCAGCUCCAUCCACACUUGUCUACACAGAGUGACUGGAAGGUUUCACUAAAGAGAAUCUUCUGCAGCCUUUAAUAAAGACAUGAGUCUUAAAAGUCUGGCGUGCUGAUCAUAUAUAGCUCAGCCCACCUGGGGGAGCCACAGUCUACAGUCUGGCCUGGUAAAGAGGUCCUGCUGCCCGCAUGGGUGACUGGGCACUGUGGGCACAGCUC